AUGGAUCCUGAGCUCCCUCCCGCCAUAGAUCCGCAACCCGCCAUGCACAUGCCAUCAACGUCCAUGGAUCCUGAGCUCCCUCCCGCCAUAGAUCCGCAACCCGCCAUGCACAUGCCCGAUGUUCCCCUGAUGGACGCGCACCUUGAAGAUUACCGCCUCUGCCUCGAGGUAGAGAGGAUCAUUUCGUUGCUGUCGCGCCUGAAGCUAUGGGAACAAGAGCGUCAGCGUUUAAGCGAGAUAGACAGCCAACUCAAUGCGCUUCGGGGAUCUGUUGACUGUCGCGAUAUGGAUGUCGCCCUCUCAAGCCUGAAGCAUCAAAAUUCAGUCAACAUGGCUGGAGCUACUGAGCUGGCCGCAAGCUUGUCUGUCAUUGCAUCCACCCGCGCUGGCUUGGGGAAUCGAAUGCCUGCUAUCAUAGGCAGGAUGUGGGAUUCGGAAGGGGAUGGGAGUAGCGUUGAGUUGGAGCACGAGGAGGACGAUGUGGUUGUGCUUGUUCCAAGAAGUUCGGAAGCACAGGGGGCUUCUGGCGAGGACCUUCGCGUCCGCUCCCCGCAAGUCACCGAACCCGGACCGAAACCGAGUCGUAUGAUCGCCGAUGAUCGCCGAACCCGGACUAGAGCGCUGAUUGACGUUGGAAUCCCCAAGGGCAACCCCAAUACCUUCCUUCAACAUCCAAGAGAAUAUACUCUACCAAUGUUUGUCUCCUUCCUCGGCUUUUCCAGUUCCUCUCCGCUGGCGCAAAUAGUCAAUCUCGGAACCCUCAGCAUGACGGCGGAGAGGAGAGCCAAUGUCAUCUCCUCCUUCCUCGAGAAAUGUUGCGAGAAGUUUGACAUGGGUGGUCAAAGCCGCCCCCGUUCCGAAUACAACCCCAACAUACACUAUGUCUUUGACCUCUUGCCGUACGACCCCCCCCAGCCUCUGGCAACCAUCAGUGAUGAAGCUCGCCAGGACCAGUUCCGCUCUCUUCAGUCGCGUAUCUCGAUGGUGUCCAGUCGGCUCAAGACCCUUGAGGGUCGCAUACAGCCAGGCGAGAAGGCAGCGUCCCUGUGGCAUCGGGCUUAUUGCGAAUCUUAUGCGCUCUACGCCCUUGCUUGUGAAUGUGACGCAGAGGCCUUCCUUCACCUUCAAGAAGAAAUUCUCCGAUUAGAGAAUGCCGUCGCGGACUUGGAGAUCCGAUUUCACCACCUGGCUUUGACGAGGGCUUGGAAGGAAUAG